UCACUGAAAAUUGCCGGUUGUGAACGCCGCAAAAACUAAAACACUUGCAGUACUGUGCUUCAUUGCGCAUACUAGAUAACCAUGGGAAGAGAACUUCAAAAGAAGAAGAAUCGCUCGUCGAUCAGCAAAGUUCGACAGAAGCCAAAGUCCAAGAAGCUGAACAUCAAGUCGAACCCGAUCAUCGCCGCCAACUGGAGACAAGAUGAGACGCUAUCGCAAAACUAUAGACGUCUUGGUCUGACUGCAAAAUUGAACCGCUCGACGGGUGGAACAGAGAAGGAUCCCGUCACAGGAAAGCAAGCAAACGAUUUCGCCAUUCGAAACGCACGCUCUGAUACGUUACAGCCAAAGGAGGCACAGGUUGAGCGUGAUCCUGAGACUGGCGCAAUUCUGCGCGUGAUUCCUCCGGCUGAUGAAAAGCCAAACCCUUUGAAGGAUCCAUUGAACGAACUUGAAGAUGAAGAUGAGCAGUUGGGAAUCCAGGAAGGCCCCAACCGUAACCAGCGGUCCUCCAAUUCGGUCAUUGCAGCGUUGGAGGAGCAGGCCGCGCAUGGAAUCAAGAAAGAGCCUCGCAAGCAGAGUUCGCGGGAAGAGGAGUGGAUAGAGAAGCUGGUGCAAAAGUACGGCGACGACUGUGAGAAGAUGUUCUGGGAUCGCAAAUUGAACCCUAUGCAGCAGUCUGUGGGUGACCUCAAAAAGAGAGUCAAGAAGUGGAAGCAGACGCAUGGAAAGGAGUAGUUUUUCUCUACUCGAUCUAUGAUUUGCUCUUGGGUUCUACAUGGCAUAAACUUGGCGUCCUUUGGAGUUUCCGGUCUGGAAUUGGUGAAAAAGAGGGUUCUUCUUUAGAUCUGGUUUGAGAUGGGCUUGUGCAGAUAUACUUUCGACCCAAAAUACAAGCAACCCAUCGUUCAAUUAUGAACAUAUAUACAGUUAAUCGCUGUUUGCCUAUUAUCUAUUUGGUAGAUUGAUAUAUCGGGGAUUAUAUAUACAUGAGUGAUAGCGCUCCGUAGAGAUAAUACAAAAAGUUGAUGGCAGAUUGAGCCCU